UCUCCUAACCUGAAUAUCUGUCAAUUUUAACAAUUAAUACCUCGGUUCGCGGGACAAAGCGAUACGUUUUUCUACCAGAUUCGUUCAUUUCAUAAUGCACAAAAAUGCAUCGAACGAACCUAAUUUUAUCAACAUCGGAAGUGAGGAGGCUAAACUCAACAAUUACCAUAAAAAGAUUUAAUGAUGCGGCCAUAGCGGUAAAGAAAUUGGCUGCGCAACCAGAAGAUGAAGAUUUACUCGAAUUGUAUGCAUUAUACAAGCAAUCUACCAUUGGCGACUGUAAUACAGAGAGACCGGGUAUGUUGGAUUUCAAAGGAAAAGCGAAAUGGGACGCUUGGAACGGUAAAAAAAGUAUGGGACAAGAAACGGCGAAAGAGCAAUACAUCACUAAAGUGGAAGCAUUAAUCGCUUCGAUCGGAAAGAAGUAGUGGAUUCUCAUUGUCGCGCGUAUACGUACACACGAAUUUGUGAUUUCAUUCGAUCGAUUAUAAAACUUUUUCACUAUCGAUGAGAAACACCCAGAAUUUUAUUAUACAAGCACAUAUGCAAAUGAUCAUGUAUAGAUACAGUAAAUACUGAUUUUAUUUAAUUCCACUGAUUUAUGUGAAUUUUGUAUCCAAUGAUUUACUGCAAUUAGCAUAAAACUAUUUGUCGCAUAUGUCUGUCGUAAUUAAUUUCCUUUUUUUCAAAUAGUUUUUCAAAUUUGAUCUCUGCCGUUUACGGUAGUCCCAUACCGAAAUUUCAUAUUUUGCUUUAUACUCGAGAUAAUUAGUGUAUAUUAAUAAUGUAUUUUUAUAACAUCUUUUUUUCUUAUCAUUAUAUACACAUGUGUAAAUAGCUAUAAUCGAAGGAGAUACGAUCGAAAACGAUUUUUCUAACAGUUUUUCAACGGUGCACAUUUAGCGCAUAUUUAGCUAAAACUUAAAUCAGUAAAUAACGCUAGAGCCAACGACAAUAAAAAUACACAGCGAUGAAAAUAAAUUAUGCUAUAAAUCGAUACGAGAUACAUUUAUAGGUAUUUUUAUCAUUUUGAGAAAUGGUAAAUAUUUACAAAAAGUCAGCAUCUUCAAAAAUCAAUGACCUUGAUAUAUGUUGUCAAGAUCAUGGCCCUGUGAGUGACUUCCAACAGAUUUUAGGCUACAAACAACGAGCAACGACUAAAAUUUGUUGAAGGUUACUCAGGAUCAUGACCUUGAAAACAUAUAUCAAGAUCAUUGAUUUUUGAAAGUGCUGACUUGCCGUAAAUAUUUACCUGAGAAAUUAUAAGAUUUUGCAUCAGUUUUGUAACCUAACGAUAAUCGAAGUUUAAGUUAGCGAAUGGCAUCGGUUAUGUCAUACAACUAGGUAGAGACGAG